AUGCAACUGUCCGGAACAUGGUCCAUCCUUAAUGGCCUCAUCGCAAUACUUCUCUUCUCAACGUUAACCUCUGCAAUCGAAUUGGACAUCAAUGAUGAAGAAUCAAUCAAAGAUGCCGCAAGUACGAGUGCUUACUCCAUGAUGGGAUGGUAUGUCGGCAAUGAAACCGGUCAAAUCCCUGGCGCUUUCCCUGAAAAAUGGUGGGAAGGAUCUGCUCUUUUCCUGGCACUGCUUCAAUACUGGCACUUUACGGGUGACACGACCUAUAACUCUUUAACGAGCGAAGGAAUGCAGUGGCAGUCGGGCGACAAGGGUGAUUACAUGCCCAGCAACUACAGUAGCUACCUGGGAAAUGACGACCAAAUGUUCUGGGGUCUCGCAGCCAUGAUGGCCGCCGAGCUGAAAUUCCCUGAUGUCCCAGACAAAUUCUCGUGGCUUUCGCUCGCACAGGGUGUAUUUAACACCCAGAUUGCUCGAUGGGAUACAACAAAAUGUGGUGGUGGUCUGCGUUGGCAGCUCUUCCCUUACCAGAACGGAUACACCAUGAAGAACGCCGUAUCAAACGGUGGUCUGUUCCAACUUGCUGCGCGCCUCGCCCGCUACACGAAUGAAGACAAGUACACAGACUGGGCCGAGAAAAUCUGGGACUGGUCUGUUUCCUCGCCGCUGGUGAACAACAAGACCUGGAAUGUUGCCGACUCGACAGAAAUGAGCAAUAAUUGCGCCGACGCUGGUAACUACCAGUGGUCCUACAACUACGGCACAUACCUAAUGGGUGCUGCCUACAUGUAUAAUAUGACAAGCGACGAAAAAUGGAAGACCCCAGUCGACGGUCUCCUCGGCAAAACUCUGAAAACCUUCUUCCCGAACGGCGACGUCAUGGAAGACACGACCUGCGAACCAAUCCACAAGUGUAAUUUCAACGAAAUCCUCUUCAAGGGCCUCACCUCAUCAUGGCUCGCAUUCACCGCGCUCCUAGUCCCCGACACCGCAGAGCAAAUAAAACCUAAACUUGCAAGUUCUGCACAAGCCGCUGCAGAGUCCUGCACGGGAAAUAACAACAACACAUGCGGUAUCAUGUGGUAUCAACACAAGUGGGACGGGACGACUGGCAUGGAGCAAGAGAUCAGCACGACUAAUGUCUUCCUUGCGAAUAUGAUCAACUUUGACACCGGUACCUUUGGGCCUGUCACUUCGAAGACUGGUGGAAACAGCACCAGUGAUGAUAAUGCGGGUGAAGGGGACGGGAAAGACAAGGAGAAACCUAUCACGACUGGGGAUAAGGCUGGUGCUAGUAUUUUGACAUUGAUCUUUGUCUUUGCUUGGGCUGGGGCUAUGGCUUUCAUGAUGCUCGGUGCUUGA